AUGAUUAAAGCGGAUACUCCCGAGGAAUAUAUUCAUGUCAUGACAUGUUUACCACAAUUGCAAGCAUUGCGUGAAUUGACACUUCAUUUCGGUGUCAACACUGAGGGAAGCAUUCAGCCUAUAGUCGACUAUCACUGCAAAGAGUUUGUCUAUAAGUGGCCACAACUGCGGACAUAUCGACUGCAUAUGAAGUUUGAAACGUUUGCACAGUUGAGACAAUUGUAUGAAUCUGUGAAUCGUAUGAAGCGUUUACGUGAACUAGAUUUAAGACUAAGUUUACGCGAUGUUAUGGCCGGAAAUACCGUUAUGAAGACCACAGAUGAGGAAGAAUAUUAUCCGAAGAACUCGUUCGACAGAUUCGGUGAUGACUUGUGUGGACUCGUAUUGUCCUAUCAAUCACUGAAAGAGUGUUUCCGAUUUGAAUGUCUGUCCAGACAGUGGCAGAGAUGUGUAUUCACACGAAGACACACCCUUUCAGUGGGAAAAUGUAAUAAAGUGUUGAUUAAAUCGCGAGUAAAAGAAAAUGUUAAUUGGAUUCCCACUCAUAAUAUGCAAGCAUUGGAAUCAGUGGUCAAAAAGUGUGCAAACAUUACAUCCAUUGAUAUUGAGAUCCAUUCAGAAGAUACAGAAGGAGUGUUUGAAAUGCUAAUCAAUUCAUACAAACACUCGUUGAGAAACAUUAGCAUUAGUUUCAAAUCCGUUUAUUUUAACCUUCAAGACACGACUCCCGAAGAAUAUAUUCGUACUGUUAUCGACUAUCACUGCAAAGAGUUUGUCAAUCAAUGGCCACAACUCAAGAGAUAUCAGAUGUUUAUGAUGUGCUUAACUGAACCACAAGUGAGACAAUUGUACGAAUCGGUGGGUCUAUGUGCUAUCAGUACAGUACCUUUGAGUGUUAAACACUGUGUUAAACUGGCUAAUAACAGAAGCCAUAAUAAACGCCUGUUUUUAACAGAUGACUUCAUCAGCGCAAUGACUGUCUAA